AAGAGGUGCAAACAAUUUGAACAAUAAAAUCUUACCUUCGAUUAUUUUGCCAUUUUUCCCCUCUGAAAGAAAAGAAAGUGAAAAUCUUGCUUCCCAAGACUGCGAAAGAACUCAUUUUUCUUGUCUUUCAUGUCCGUCUUUCCCAUUCAAGAAGGCGCCAUUUACAAAACCUGUCUUCCUUGACGCUUGAGGAAAGAACAUAUCGGACGGUCCUUUAAAUUUAGCUUCUCAUCGGACAGAGAGGCGAAUCUCAGAGAUAAUGCACGGCUUUGCAUAAGAUUGUCAAGAAAUUUGGAAAUAAGAAAAUGGCGGUUCGGAAGCUCGUUCUUCAAUUAGGCGCUAGAGGAUUCAAUCCGUCUCAAGUUUGUGGUUCCUCGGCUGUGAAUAAGUUCCGAUCUAAAGUCGUCGGUUGUGCUAGUUUGUAUAGCCCACCUUCUAUCACUCGUUCGCCGAAUAGAUACGAGUUUAGGCCGAUCUCAGAGCUCGUAAAAUCCAGUGGAAAUCGCGCUUUUCUAGUGGAUACUCUUGCUCUGGUUAGGGGAUUAGAAGCACAAGGGGUACCGUCAAACCAGGCAGAGGCUAUAACAUCUGCCAUUACUAAAGUUCUGAAUGACAGUUUGGAAAACAAUGCACGUUCUUUGGUUUCAAAGGCUGAGAUGCAGAAGUCUGAGAUGCUUCAAGAAGCUGAUAUUUCCAAGUUUAAAUCUGCCGUGCAGAGCUCUCAGGAACACCAUUUUUCUUUGCUGCAACGUGAGACCGAAAAACUCCUGAAUGACAUUGAGAAGAUGCGAAGUGAACUGAAAUAUGAGGUUGAUAAGCUCACUGCUGGCCAGCGUUUAGAUUUAAAUCUUGAGAGAGGACGCAUACGUGAUGAGCUUGCAAAGCAAAAUGCAGAAACUACUAACCUUACAAACAAGCUUGACCGAGAAAUACAUGAACUAAGGGCUCAACUUGAAGCGGCGAAGUAUGAAGUAAUCAAAUAUUGCAUAGGAACUCUUGUUUCUAUCUCUGCUGUCGGCCUUGCAAUAGCUCGUUUAUAUUUGUAAGCACAAGGAAUGUUCUUUGCGAUUCUUUGAGCCUCUAAGAGGUGCGCUGAGUGCCUAGAAGAAGAUAACAACUUUAGAAUUUGACAUUCACAGUUCAUACUUCUUGGGGCUUGAUUUUUUUAAAAUCCCCUCUUAUGGAACAAUUGUAAUCUUUUAUUCUUCCUAUAAUCGCAAACUCUAAAGUUUGAAAGAACCACUGUAAUCUUCUUGAACUAGGCUAAAAGCACAUUAUUUUUAAGUAAUAUAUUGUUUUAGUUGUCAAUCCUCCUCAAACUAUGUAGGUGUGUG